CCUCGGGUGGGUUAUAUGCCGCAAGAUACAUCUUUAGUUGAACAAUUUUCUACUAGCGAUGCUCUUUAUUACUUCGGCAGGAUCAAUGGGCUUGACGAUAAAGAGAUCGAAACGAGACAUAGGUUUUUCUCGGAAUUGUUCCAACUGCCUCCAGCAAAUCAGUUGGUGAAGAACAUGAGUGGAGGUCAACGAAGAAGGGUUUCCUUUGUCGCCGCAUUGAUGCAUAAGCCUGAACUUCUAAUUCUAGACGAGCCUACCGUAGGUUUGGACCCAAUUUUGAGAGAAAACAUUUGGGCUUAUCUGAUCAAACUCACGCAAGAGGAAGGUACCACGGUAUUGAUCACGACGCAUUAUAUCGAAGAAGCUAAAAAGGCUAAUAAAGUCGGUUUGAUGAGACAUGAUAAAUUGUUAGCUGAAUCGGCGCCGCAGAAAUUACUGGAGCAAUUUCAAUGUUCGUCAUACGAGGAAAUUUUCCUGAAAUUGUGCGAGGCACAGAAUAAUGCAGUCACUUUAACUGAAGCUCAGGGAUCCAAUAUGGAAGACGCUAGUAGCGAUGCCUUCAAUCACGAUCAAGACAAAUAUGAACUGCAACUAAAAGUAGGGGAAGCCCGGGCAAAGUGAACGCCCUGGGCAAAGCGGAUAGGCUUUAUUUUUGCUCGUACAUAUAGUAGAAGGCGCUAUUAGUUUCUAGCAGAUAGUAUAAGCGAUCGGACUUGACGCCAUAACAGUGUGAAAAAUCAUAUAGUUGCUCUCGUUAGUUUUUUAAAGAGAAAUAAUAAAUUUUGUAUAAUUUCUUACAA